CCCAAUCCACUCGUCUCCUAAAGCCUCCUCACGACUUUGACUGUUUGUCUUUUGCAUAAUACAUAUGCAUAAAAUAUGCAAAUGAAAUUAAAGGCCAGAGUGGGGAGGGGUGGAGCCUGGCACCGAGUGUUUAUUACUGAGCAACAGUCUCGCUGAUUAACUGACGAACAUUACUCCUGAGAGAGAGAGAGAGAGAGAGAGAGAGACAGUGAGUGGAUGGAGAGAUGUAUUUAGAAGUAAAAUUUAGAAGCAUAAUUAAUUAAUUUACAUGCUAAUUUAAUGACAGGAUUAAUGCACAGUGUGUGAUUUGUGUGUGUGUGUGUGUGUGUGUGUGUGUGUAAUGAGGUGCAGACCACCCCUGCAGUCACAGUUAGUUAAUGAGCGUUCUGCGCUAGCAGGAGUCAGAGGCGAAUGCGUACUCUCUCGCUUUCCACCUGUCUCUCUCUCUCUCUCUCUGUCUGGCUCUCUCUCUCUCUCUUUGCCUGUCUGUCUGUCUCUCUCUCUCUGUCUCUCCAUCUGUCUGUCUGUCUUACUCUCUCUCUCUCUGUCUGUGUGUAUUGAUUAUAUGGGCAGAACGGUCUACACUCCUUAUUAACUGAUUACAUGUGUCAUGUCUCUCUGAUUUAUGUUAGAGAGAGAAAAGGAGAGAGAGACAGAGAGCUAAAGGGUAUGAGAGUAGGAAGAGACAUGGAGAGAGAGAGAGACAGAGAGAGAGUGCAUAGGGAAAGAGAAAUGGAUAGAGAGAGUUUUUUAAUUAAAGAAAAAUGCAAAUCACACCACUCGAGGAAAAAAACAAUAGAAAAUGAGGAUAUGUUGUGCAUAUGUUUGGCUAAUUGUCAGAAAAAUAUGUGCAUAAUUGUUGUAGCUGAAGCAGUAAUCUAAUCACGUGGAAAUAUCAGCGUAAACGUGUCACGUGUAGUACACGUGUGUGAACGAGUGCAGCAUUUUCAGUGUGGGCAUGUUAAUGUGGGCGUUGUUGAUCCAUCUGUAACACUAACUCCACUGUUACGAAGUAAUAGGUACACUAUAUGGCAAAAGUAUGUGCACCCCUGACCAUCACACUCAUAUUGGUUUGUUGCACAUCACAUUGCAGAUUUAUUCCUCUUUGCUGUUAUAAUGAGCUCCACUCUUCUGGGAAGCUUUCCACUAGAUGUUGGAGCGUGGCUGUGGGGAUUUGUGUUCAUUCAGCUACAAGAGCAUUAGUGAGAUCAGGCUCUGAUGUUGGGUAAGGAGUCUCCAGUUCCAGUUCAUCCCAAAGGUGUUCAGUGGGGUUGAGGUCAGGGCUCUGUGCAGGACACUCGAGUUCUUCCACUCCAACCUUCACACACCAUGUCUUCAUGGAGCUCGCUUUGUGCACAGGGGCAUCGUCAUGCUGGAACAGGCCCAUGAUGUGACCACCAGAGAGAAUAUUUUACCCCAGUCCACCUGUAGAAGGAGAACAGAACGACAGCUCCAGUCUUUGCCUGUGAAAUUGACCUCAUAAUCUCUGAGAAUGGAAAAACACGAAGACGCUGGACUUUACGGUCCUACGAUUAAACUUCCGUUACUCAUUUGCUUGUCUUCCAUCUUCUUGUCUGCGUGUUCCUGUCAGACCGUUAGCGUUUUCCAGUCUGAGAGGUCUGAAUGGAGCCUGAGUCACCUGGCUGUCCACCAGUCGAGUGGCGCGGUGUACGUGGGUGGAGUCAACCGCGUGUAUAAGCUCUCGUCCGAUCUGGCGCCGCUGGUCACACACAACACCGGGCCGGAGCUGGACAACCAGGCGUGUUAUCCUCCGCUGAUCAUGCAGCCGUGCUCCGAGCCUCUCGCCAGAACCGACAACGUCAACAAGCUCCUGCUUGUCGACGACCUGCACAACCGCCUGCUGGCCUGCGGGAGCCUCUACCAGGGCGUGUGCAAGAUCCUGAGACUGGAUGAUCUGUUCAUCUUAGCUGAACCAUCUCACAAAAAGGAGCACUAUUUCUCCAGCGUGAACCAGACCGGCGGAAUGAGCGGCGUGAUCGUGAGCCGAGAUCGAGGCCGAGACCGCGAGAGAGACGCCACUCUGUACAUCGGCACGUCCGUUGGCGGUAAACAGGACUACUUCCCGACCAUCUCGAGCCGCAAGCUGCCUAAAGACCCCGAAUCGGCGGCCAUGUUGGACUAUGAGCUUCACACCGACUUUGUUUCAUCGCUAGUCAAGAUUCCGUCUGAUACGUUAGCUCUGGUUACGCACUUCGACAUCGACUACGUGUACGGUUUUUCAAGCGGCAGCUUCGUGUACUUCCUGACCGUGCAGCCGGAGACGGAGACCCCCGGAGAGCUCUUUUACACGUCGCGUGUGGUUCGGCUCUGCAAAGGCGACGAUAAGUUCCACUCCUACGUCUCCCUGCCGGUGGGCUGCGUGAAGAACAGAGUGGAGUACCGUCUGCUCCAGGCGGCGUUUCUGGCUAAAGCCGGGAGCGUCAUGGCCGCCACGCUGAACAUCACCGAACGAGACGACGUGCUCUUCGCCGUCUUCUCCAAAGGACAGAAACAGUACCGGAGACCGUCGGAUGACUCGACGCUCUGCAUUUUCACCAUCCGGGAUAUUAAUGCGCGGAUCAAAGAGAGGCUGAGGUCCUGCUAUCAGGGGGAAGGAAACCUGGAGCUGCACUGGCUUCUGGGAAAAGACGUUCAGUGCACAAAAGCGCCGGUGCCUAUAGGAGAUGGUUUCUGUGGUUUGGACAUUAAUCAGCCUCUCGGUGGUUCGGAGCUCGUCUCGGGUCUCGCAGUUUACACGGAGACGUCAGAGCGUCUCACCGCCGUGUCUGCGUAUGUGUACGACGGCUACAGCGUGGCGUUCCUCGGCACCCGAUCCGGAAACAUCCGUAAGGUGCGUGUAGACGGUGUGUCUGCGCUCCUCUAUGAGACAGUGAAGGUGAUGAAGGACGGAAGUUCUGUUCUUCCCGACAUGGCCUUCUCCCCGGACCACCACCACCUCUACACCAUGAGCCGCACACAGGUGGUCCAGAUGCCGGUGGAACACUGUGAGCAGUACAGCCGGUGUGAGGCGUGUUUAAGCUCAGGUGAUCCACACUGCGGCUGGUGUGUCCUUCACAACAAGUGUGUGAGGCGGGACCGGUGCGAGCGCUCAGACGAACCGUUCCGAUUCGCUGACGAGAUCAGGCGGUGUGUAAAAGUCUCCGCCCACCCAGACAGCAUCGCCAUGUCAGAGCACGCCGUCCCUCUGCUGCUGGAGGUCAGUAACGUUCCUGACCUCUCCGCUGGGGUCACCUGUUCCUUUGGGAGCCUGGCAGAGGUCGAAGGUCACGUCAGUGGGAACAGCAUCAUGUGUCUGUCUCCGACCGCCCGGGACGUCCCGCUGAUCCCCGCUGACCGAGACUGGUCAGGUGUGGAGUUAAAGGUCGUUUCUAAGGAGACAGGUCACAUGGUGGUGAGCACAGAAGUGAAGUUCUACAACUGCAGCACACACACCAUGUGUUUGUCAUGUGUGAGUAGUGCAUUCCAGUGUCACUGGUGUAAAUACAGAAACACCUGCACACAUGACCCGAACAGCUGCUCCUUCCUCGAGGGACACGUCAAUGCAUCAGAGUUGUGUCCUCAGCUGGUGCGCUCGGGGGAGCUGGUGAUUGCGGCGGGAGACGUGAAGCCCAUCACGCUGAAGGCCCGGAACCUUCCACAGCCUCAGUCGGGUCAGAGAGGCUACGAGUGUGUGUUCCACAUCCAGGGAGUGACACACAGAGUGACGGCGCUGCGCUUCAACAGCACCAGUGUACAGUGUCAGAACCGCUCGUACGUGUAUGAGGGGAUGAAGGUCAGUGAGCUGGCAGUCGAUCUGUCCAUCGUGUGGAACAACAACUUCAUCAUCGACAACCCUGAGAGAAUUAAAGUGCACCUGUAUAAGUGCGCCGCUCAGAGGGAGAGCUGCGGUGUGUGUCUGAAGGCCGAGCGCAGGUUCUCUUGUGGUUGGUGUGUGAGCGAGAGUCGCUGUACGCUGCGUAAACACUGCACUUCACCUGGAGCGUCACACAGCACACACUGGCUCGGACCGAACCAACACCACAAGUGUACACACCCCCGCAUCACUGAGGUGUCUCCUCUGUCCGGUCCUCCGCACGGUGGGACCAUGGUGACGAUCCGGGGAGUGAACCUGGGCAUGUCUCUGUCAGAGCUGCAGGGGCGGGUGGAGGUGGCUGGGGUCCCGUGUCACACCCGAUCCGAGGGUUACAUCACUGCAGAACAGCUGGUGUGUGAGAUGGAUUCGGCACCGCCGGGCAGUUCUCCUGGUCCGGUGCAGCUGUGUGUGGGAGAAUGCAGGCCAGAACUAAGUACACACUCCUCUCAGCUCUACACAUUUGUGAGCCCGGGUGUGUCGGCGCUGACCCCGAACCGAGGGCCCGUUUCCGGAGGAACCAGGGUGACCAUCCUGGGUCAGGACCUGAGCGCGGGCAGCAGCGUGAACAUUCGCUUCGGAAACAACACCUGUGAGUUUUUCAGUCGGAGCGCCACAGAGAUCGUGUGUGUCUCAGCGCCCUCUCUCUACGGCGAGGGCUCGGUGCUGGUUCGGGUCGGAGUGGAUCGGGCCGAGCUCAACACCAAACUGAGCUUCGAGUACAUUGAGGAUCCAACGGUACAGAGUGUAGAACCUGAGUGGAGCAUCAUCAGUGGACACACCACCCUGACGGUGACCGGCACUAAUCUAGAUGUGGUGCAGGAGCCUCGGGUUCGAGUCAAAUAUGGCGGGCGCGAGUCUGUUAACGUGUGUAAAGUGGUAAACUCCACCUCAAUCCGCUGCUCUGCUCCGCCUCUGAUGGCCGAUUUCGCCCCGGGGCAGGACUCAGUGAAGCAGGCCGAUGAGUUUGGCUUCAUCUUCAAUAACGUUCACGCUCUGCUCACCUACAACAGCACCAGUUUUGUUUAUUACCCCAAUCCCUCGUUCGAACAGCUGAGUGUGUCCGGAGUGCUGGAGCAGAAACCGGGAUCGCCCAUCAUCCUCAAAGGCAGGAAUCUGGUUCCACCGGCAUCUGGAGGUUCCAGACUGAACUACACCGUCCUGGUUGGAGAUGUUCCCUGCCUCAUCACCGUCUCUGACACACAGCUGCUGUGUGAGCCGCCUCCUCUCACCGGCCAGCACAGAGUCACGAUCCAGGUGGGUGGUCUCCAUCUGUCUCCAGGUUCAGUCCACAUCCAAUCGGACAGUCUCCUGACGUUACCCGCCAUCUUCAGCAUUGCGGCGGGAGGAGGCCUGCUCUUCGUCAUCGUCAUCCUCGUCCUGAUUGCCUACCGACGCAAAUCACACGAGAACGACCUCACGCUCAAACGGCUGCACAUGCAAAUGGACAACCUGGAGUCCAGAGUGGCUCUGGAGUGCAAAGAGGCAUUUGCGGAGCUCCAGACAGACAUAAACGAGCUGACGAGUGAUCUGGACCGGGCUGGAAUCCCACAUCUGGACUACCGCACCUACGUCAUGAGGAUCCUGUUUCCGGGCAUGGACGACCAUCCAGUGCUCCGAGAGCUGGAGGUGGCGGGCUGCGGGCAGCAGCGUGUAGAGAAGGCUCUGAAGCAGCUGGGUCAGCUGGUGAACAAUAAGACGUUCCUGCUGUCGUUUAUCCGCACCCUGGAGCUACAGCGCUCGUUCUCCAUGCGCGAUCGUGGCUACGUGGCGUCGCUCAUCAUGACUGCGCUGCACAACAGACUGGAGUUCAUCACUGACGUCCUCAAACAGCUGCUCUCUGAGCUCAUCGCCAAGAGCAUGGAGAGCAAGAACCACCCCAAACUACUGCUGCGCCGGACGGAGUCAGUAGCAGAGAAGAUGCUGACGAAUUGGUUUGCCUUCCUGCUUCACAAGUUCCUGAAGGAGUGUGUGAGUGAGCCCCUCUUCAUGUUACACUGUGCUAUAAAGCAGCAGAUGGAGAAAGGGCCGAUCGACGCCGUCACAGGUGAAGCGCGUUACUCCCUCAGCGAGGAUAAACUCAUCCGCCAACAGAUCGACUACAAAACACUGACGCUGUGUUGUGUGGAUGGAGAUCAGGAGAAUGGGGGGAUGGAGGUGGUGGUGAAGGUGUUAAACUGUGACACCAUCACGCAGGUGAAGGAGAAAAUCCUCGACGCCAUCUAUAAGAACGUCCCAUACUCUCAGAGACCGGGUGCAGGGGACAUGGACUUGGAAUGGCGUCAGGGCCGCACAGCUCGUGUGGUCCUACAGGACGAGGACAUCACCACUAAAAUUGAAAACGACUGGAAAAGACUCAACACGCUUGUGCACUAUCAGGUGUCUGAUCGCUGUGUGGUGGCUCUGGUACCUAAGCAGAUGUCCUCCUACAACAUCUCGACGUCGGCCAGCUUCCCGCGGAGCUUCAGCCGAUACGAUGCAGUCCUUCGCUCGGUGUCAGCGGGCAGUCCGGAGUUCUCACGCUCCCGUGUGCCGAUGAUCACUCCGGAUCUGGAGAGCGGCGUUAAAGUUUGGCAUCUGGUCAAAAACCAUGAACAUGGAGACCAAAAAGAAGCUGAGCGCGGCAGCAAGAUGGUGUCUGAGAUCUACCUGACCCGCCUUCUGGCAACCAAGGGCACGUUGCAGAAGUUUGUGGACGAUCUGUUCGAGACGCUCUUCAGCACGGUGAAUCGGGGAAGCGCGCUCCCGCUCGCCAUCAAAUACAUGUUCGACUUCCUGGACGAGCAGGCGGACAAACACGGCAUCCACGACCCCGACGUCCGACACACGUGGAAGAGCAACUGUCUUCCUCUGCGCUUCUGGGUGAACGUUAUCAAAAACCCUCAGUUUGUGUUCGACAUCCAUAAGAGCAGCAUUACGGAUGCGUGUUUAUCCGUAGUGGCUCAGACCUUCAUGGACUCGUGCUCGACCUCGGAGCAUCGACUCGGCAAAGACUCGCCUUCGAACAAACUCCUCUAUGCUAAAGACAUCCCGCACUAUAAGAGCUGGGUGGAGCGGUACUACGCUGAUAUAAGCCGUCUGCCGUCCAUCAGCGAUCAGGACAUGAACGCGUAUUUGGCCGAGCAGGCACGUCUUCAUUCGCACGAGUUUAACACACUCAGCGCCUUGCACGAGAUCUACGCCUACGUCAGGAAGUACAGCCAGGAGAUAGUGCAGUCUCUGAAGCAGGACUCAUUGGCCCAGAAACAAAGACUCGCCUACAAACUGGAGCAGCUCAUGGCAGAUAUGGAUCAUGAGAGCUGAUCUGAGAUCCCCCCCCCCCCCCCCCCCCCCCCAAAAAAUGGACAAAAAUCAUCAACUGAUCAACUGAGAGAGAACUGAACUGAGAUCACAAGCUGGACGAGUCACGGUGACGUGUCAAGGUGCAAUAACCUUCCAACUUGGUAUCGAAGGUUUCAGUGCAUCACGGUAUCCGCUUACACCUUCACUUUUUUAAAAAACAGACAUUAAAUACUAUGAAACUAACUCUCUACCUAGCUUUUUGUGCUAGUAUUUACCAGAAUAGCCUAAUGCAUCAAACUAAUGGUAUAAGUACUUUAGAUUUCCUUGUCACAGCUACAUGAUUCCAAGCUACAGAACACACAGACUCUCCUAUUCCUGCCUGAGAGCGAAAGACAGAUAGAGGUUAUUAGAUAAACAGCGCCAUCUACUGCAUGAUGUGAGAAGCUCUGCACCGGUUCUCAACCUUUUUAAUCAAAAAUGCGAACAGCAAAAAAAAAAAAAAGAAAAAAAAAAGAAUGAAGGACAGAAAAUUAUAGCCAACUCAUUCAAAUAUAUUACAUUCUUACACUCUCAUAUACACAUUUGCUAAUAAAGGGGAUGCAGAGGUUUUGGGUUUACAUUAUGCAUGACAGAAAUAUGCUCGUAUUUAUUCUUCCAAGUUCAUAAACAUUUUUCUUAGCUUCAGUGUGUGACUCGUGUCUGUAAUGGAUGUAAACCUGAGAGCUGAAGAAGUGUAUGGAUCUGGCUGAAGUCCACGACCUUCACAGCGGAUCGAUUUUAACUACACCAGUAAAUAAGCUCUGUGUAUAUGGACCAAGGGUUUAGCUAGGGCCAAAAGUCAUGGCUUUUAAAAUAAAAUGCAGGUUUGUGUGUAUGUAAGUGUGUGUUGUUUACACGUAAAAAAAAAAAAAAAAAAGUGUCCAUUGUGACGUGUCCUCUCUCAAGAGAGUUUUGUGUGAUUACUGGCUCGUACAUUGGAUGUCCAUGUCUGACACGCUUUAUAUUUAUAUUCAUUUAGGUCAUAUCUUAUACUUGAAAUAAACACACAUUAGUGCUGUUGGUUUUCCCCUCACUGUACUGAUGAGCUUCCAUUGUCUUUUUAUACACGUCUUCCUUUUCUAACACGUGUGAUGGUCUCGUGUCCGUGCUGCUCGGUUGAUGACGCAUGCCAGAUUCAAUGCUUUGUAACAAACCUGAUUUGUAAGAUGUCAAACGGAGCUGUAUAAAAAACAUCAGUGUCAUGUUUAGUCUAUUAUCAUUCUGCAUUGUUAAAACUUACUGGUUUGACUCCUGACAUCAUAAUUCAGAUUAAUAUUGGUUUAUUAGUUGUUACAAUUUAUUUACUAUUUAACACUAAACAUUUUAUUGUGCUCUGUCAUGUUUCGCAGGUUCUUAUUUAUUUGUUGUUCUUAUUCUCGUCUGGUUUCAUGUCUUGUCCAUGUGUUUCUUCAUGGCAGUAUGUUUGCAGUAAAAGCAGUAACGUCAGUUCACAGUAUAAAUCACAACGCUGUUUUAUGAAUUUAGUACAAAUGUGGCUGUACUGUAUUUUAUCUUUUUUGUUUUUUACAGCUCAAUAUGAUUGUGUAUUUAAACUGUAAAUAGUAAACAUCCCUAUUUUGCAAUUAUUCCCUUUUUACAGUUGUAAUAAAUUAAUAAAAUUAAAUAAAAUCAACUAAUCAAAAAUGUCAA